GUCUUUCAUGAAUAAUAAUUACAAUUUUCCUGUUUUUAUGUUUACCAUCUUUGAUUUAAUGAGGCGAUUAUAAAAAAAAAUCCCCUACAGUCUUUGAACAAUUGUUGUAUUCAUGACAAAUUAGAUAAAAGGAAGGAAAAGAAAAAAUAUAUUCUUUUAAAUAUUUCACUAGUGCAAACAUUAUGAAAUUAUUACUUCAAAUAAGUGCUUCCUUUGUAAUUUUCACGGAAAUUUCGAGCAAUACUACUCUUCUUUCAAUUAUCCAAUGUCCAAUAAACAUGCAACCUUUUUAUGCUGAUAAAAAUUCCACUAGACAAAUAUGUGAUUGUGAAGAUACUUUUCUCUAUCAUCCUGAAGAUGAUUCAUGUUACGAUGCCUAUAAACAAGGUCCAUGUAAUUCUGGACAAUAUUUUGUACUACCUUCAGGAGAAAUGGUAGCAAAAUGUAUAAAAAAUCCUUGUGAUAUAGAUGGAUUUGUUCACUAUCAAGGAAAGUGUCACAUUCUUUGGGAAAGGGGAAUACCUUGCAAAGAUCAAUCGACUUACUUAGGAGUAAACGACAAUUUUGAAAUAGAAUGCAAUUCAAGAAAAUAUUUAGGAAAUUGGAAAACAUUGAAGGAAUCGAAAUCCUGUCCGGAGAAUUCAUAUUUACUUUCAACAAACGAUGAGCACACAAGUUACGUUUGUCAAUGUAAAUCAGAAAAUGAUUUUAAUCUUCCUGAGGGUAGCAUUGACAUUAGAAUCACAUACAAGUUAGGAGGUGGUAUUAUAAAAGCACCUAUCAAAGCUUGUCCUCCAGGAAGUCGUAGAAUUUUCUCCGGAGAAUGCAAACGAGAAUUUGUUUAAUUUAUGAUUUUUAGCAUGCAUAAGUGAAGAAUUUUGAAGAUUAUAACUUAUUAAAAUCUCAAAUUUUUAUCAAAAACAUUUUUGUUCCCAAAUGUACUUGUAUAAGAACAUGAACGUGUUCAUGUAGAAUUACUUCUACAUCAAGCUGCAUAAGAAUAUGUACAAUAACAUGUACAUUUUCUUCACUAGAACUGGUACAAGUUCAGCUGCUAAACUUGUAGUAAGAACAUAACUGUGAAUGCAGAUUUUGGAUUUACUUUAACAAUGGAUUAAUUUCGGAUUCAACAGAAGAAACGCAUUCACUAGUUAUGUAUGAUCAAACUAAUUUCGGAUAUUUCCGAAUUUACAAUAAUUUACAUAUUUAAAACAGACACCAUUUAAUUGACUCAAAUAAAAAUUAUAUUCAUUUAAUAAUAGUGAAGUAACUAAUUAUUUGAAUCAACUUCCUUUUUUUAAGUGUAAAUAAAUAAUUAACAUGAUGUUAUCAGUUAAGUUGUAUUAUGCCAAUCAAAUUUUAGAAGUAAAAAAUUAAUUACAAAAUAUUUUUGAAAAAUUAAAACCGGUCUUUCAUGAAUAAUGAUUACAAAUUUCCUGUUUUUUAUAUUUAUCAUCUUUGAUUUAAUGGCACGAUUAUAAAAAAAAUCCCCUACAGUAUUUUAACAAAUUGCUUCAUUCAUGGCAAAUUAGAUAAAAAGAAGGAAAACAAAUAUAUUCUUUAAAAUCUUUUACUGAUGUACGCAUUAUGAAAUUACUACUUCAAAUAAGUGCAUCCUUUGUAAUUUUCUGGGAAACUUUGAGCAAUACUACUCCUCUGUCAAUUAUUCAAUGUCCAAAAAAUAUGCAACCUUUUUAUGCUGAUAAAAAUUCCACUAGACAAAUAUGUGAUUGUGAAGAUACUUUUCUCUAUCAUCCUGAAGAUGAUUCAUGUUACGAUGCCUAUAGACAAGGUCCAUGUAAUUCUGGACAAUAUUUUGUAUUGUCUUCAGGAGAAAUGGUAGCAAAAUGUAUAAAAAAUCCUUGUGAUAUAGAUGGAUUUGUUCACUAUCAAGGAAAGUGUCACAUUCUUUGGGAAAGGGGAAUACCUUGCAAAGAUCAAUCCAAUGCCUUAGGAGUAAACGAAGAUUUUGAAAUAGAAUGCAAUUUAAGGGGAUAUAAAGGAUUCUGGAAAGAAAAGAUGGAGUCGAAAUCUUGUCCCGAGAAUUCAUAUUUAUUUUCAACAAACGAUGAGCACACGAGUUACGUUUGUGAAUGUAAAACAAAUUUCAUAUAUUUUGAAAAUAAUAAUACUUGUCAGCCAUUUUGUAUUCAAAGUUUUUGUCCUUCAAUAAAUAACGUACACCUUAAAAUAGAUUACAAUUAUGGAAGUGGUAUUAUAAAAGCACCUUUCAAAGUUUGUGCUCCAGGAAGUCGUAGAAUCUUCUCCGGAGAAUGUAAACGUGAAUUUUUUUAUGUUACACAAGGUGUGCAUUUUUAGUUAAAAAAAAUUAUAUAAACCAUUAUUAAUAUGUAAUAUUAAUAAAUCAUAAUUUAUUUAAAAUAAACUUGUAAUGGCCUCCGCUUUUA